AUGCAGAAUGGUUUGGAGGUGGGCGCCUUGUUUGAUGAUGACUUUGGCGAGUCUAUUGCCGACUUGGUGUCCCGGAUGGAGCCUGUACGACCCGAAGUCGUUCGAGCCACCUGCGUCUUCCAAACACUGCGCUGUCUUGCCAGUCCGUUUCGUAGCAAGGGGAACCGACAUGACUACUACUCUCUUAGCCAGCCAGCUCAUCGGAUGCAGUUCUGGUCGCACAGCUGGCACGGCAGUAGGUGGUCGAAGAUCCUGACGCUCUACGUGGUUCAGAAUGCGACCGCGGCCUCGGCCCUGAGCACCGCGCUGGCCGUCGGCCCGCUCGCGCUGUCGACCUUGCGCCUUCCCAGCCUGAAGAUGCUCUCUUUCCCUUCCUUUGUACCAUUUUGCUUCGUGAUUGCGCUGGUGACCUAUGGUGUGGUCUCCUUGUUCUGGCGACGGCGGCAGCUCGUCUUCAUGGACAGGAUCUGCAUCCAUCAGUCCAACCACCUGCUGAAGGCAGAAGGCCUCAUCAGCAUGGGCGCCAUUCUGAAGUCUUCAGACUCCAUGCUGGUGCUCUGGGACCCGACCUACCAAGAGCGCUUGUGGUGCCUUUUCGAGAUGGCCGCCUUCUUGCGCAGCCGCCCUCAGAACCAGGAGCCUCACUUGAUCAUUUGGCCCACAGUCCUUGGGCCUGUGACGGCAGCGGCAAGCCUUGCCUUGGUCGUUGCGUGCGGAGCAGGGUACGCCUCCAUAAGCCUUACCAUUGCUGUGGGACUUGGAUCGGUGCCUUUCUGGCUGCUUGUCGGUGCCAGCACCGGGCUGAUCUUUUUCAAGAUCGCAGAUGCAAUGCGACAAUACUGCAGAGAAGUGGAGAGCUUGCAACACCAGCUGCAGCAGUUUCGCCUCGACGAUGCUUUGAGCUACUGUUGCACAGUUGGGCACGUCGGGCCAUCAGGUGAGCAAAUGCUUUGUGACCGUCUUCUUGUACGGAGGUGCAUCGACAACUGGUUCGGGAGUGUUGACCAGUUCGAGAGGACUGUCCGAACAGAGGUGUUGGAGAUUUUGGUCAACCAGCUCUCGACUGCGGUGGUCACCUACCGCCGUGUGCUGGAAGCGCCCGCGGCCCUGUUCUGGUUGUUCCUGGAUCUGACUUGUGCUGCCGUGUACGGUGGCGACAUGGAUGGGAGCAUACGCCAGCUACUCAGAGGCCUUGCCUACUGGCUGGCAGUUACUCCAACAGUUCUUGUGGCCGUCUACAGGUCAGCAAAUGCCAUGCGCCGGGAACGCAAGCCUCCAUGUUUGGACAGGCUGGUGUCUCUCUUACUUCUGUGCUUCGGUCUUGGCUGCUUCCUGUGCUUCGUAGCUGUGGAGGAGUCGCUGGUUUGGCUGCUGCGGGAUCAGCUUCAACUUCCGAUCUCGGUCCCGGGGGCUAUCUUCGCAGUGCUUGCUCUCAGCUCAAUGGCUUUGGCAUGGCAGGGGCUGAAGCCCAGUCUGGAGUGGCCAACCUCCCACUUCCGAUGA